AUGAAGAGCAACACAAGUCUACAAUCCUCCACCACUGCUACCAUCGAGGAAGCGCAGACGUGGUCCAGUGUCGUACUCAACGACAAGCUCACACUCGAGCACGUCGCCAUCGAUAUCAACACCGACCGCGUCCAGUAUCACCUUCACCUCGAGCUGGAACACCCUCUCCCUGAACCAUAUCUCGCCAAUGCCGAGUACAUGACGUUGACGUGGCCUGUGGGUGGCAUCUGGAAGAUUAUUCGCCUUAGUGACAACAACCGCAAAGUGCACUGCAUGUCAUGGCGUAAGACCGAGAUGAACCAUGUGGAGGUUGAAGAAUUAGCCAAAAAGGUCGAAGCUGCGGGGAAUUCGAAUGAUCCAGCAAAGGCUCGAAGCUCCACGUUGGCCUCUGCUGAAGCUGACGACCUGCCCCCAACUCUCCGUCCUGGUCCGGUGACAGCUCACUUAAUGGCCGGCUUUUCGCCGCUUGAAGUACAGAUCGAAGUCAACUCUAUCAUUUCAGUUGACACAGUGGGCCAAACGUUUACUGCUGAUGUGACGUGGGAGGUUACGAUGCCGGCUAUCACCACAAUCCGAGAAGACUCGGUACUACGUGAGCUCAUGGACAUUCUCGAGUUCGAUGAGAACCAGUUUGAGCUCACGAACGUCAACUCGAUGCAAGAAGAGCGCGAGAUGACGUCCAGUCUGUCACCAGCGGGGCCUGUUCACUUCACAGACUCAACUAGUCUAGCGCUGCCAGUGACGGCGACGUCGGAGUAUCUGAGUCACCUGCAAUUCAGUCGUCGAGUGGUAGCUGCGUUUAGUGAAGAGAUGACCCUACGCAGUUUCCCUGUGGACCAACAGAAGCUCACGUUUGCAUUCUCUACGGGGACGGGGGUGAGGAAGUCCCUGCGGGUCACACCGGGAGCGGUAGACGCAGGCACGUUCGCCAUCGCCAACUACAAGUUAGGCAACGUCUUUGAUGUGGUACACCACGAUAAGGUGUUCGUCGGUGAGAUCGACGCUGAAGGUGACAAGAAGAGUAUUCGAUUCGAGAUGAUGUUGGAACGACGACCAGGUUACUACAUGACGAAUGUAGCCAUUCCAGCUGGUAUCAUCACGUAUUUGUGCUUUAUCUCGUACGCUCCGCUCUCGGAUGGUUCGCUUAUGGACACUGGUGACCGCGUUCAGAUCGUGUUGACCCUGUUGCUGACAGCUGUGACGUUCAAGAACAUGGUGGCGUCCUUAACGCCGCAGAUCUCGUACUUUACGACACUGGAUCAGUACGUGUUUUUCUGCUUCAUCAUCGCGUGUUUGGUAGCGAUCGAGAACGCUUUGUUCCCUCUGUUUGUGGAUCUCUUCCCUAGACGAGAAAGCUGGCAAGAGAACAGCUUACUAGGCAUUUCUUGUGGCUUUUUCACGCUUGUGAACGUCGUGUGGUUUCUGUACAUCGCUGUGUUUGUCAAAAUGCGCAGACGAGCUUCCGGAGCGUUGAUUAAACUGUUCUUCAUGAAUACAUGGAACGCUUCGGUUUCUACCAGUGGGAGAUUCCAAAAAUCAGCUGCAGUGAGUUCGGCUAUCUGUACGUUCAGCUCCCAGACGACGAGACACCGCACACCGAACUGGUGGAAGCGAGGGUGGCAUUCCACAAUGCCAGUCGCUACAAGGCGGAACGAGAGUUUGAUGCGUUUAAGGAGAUCUUCGAGAAGUUGA